AUGACAAAACACGGCUCGUUUCUAAGUCGUUUCCAAAAUCUCGAUGCGUACGCGAAAACACUCGAUGAUUUUCGUGUUCGGACAUAUUAUGGAGCUGCUCUGUUAAGCUUUGAUGUUAUAGACUCGGCGGGGGAAGCGUAUAGCGAUGAUUUAACGCAUGAUAUUUAUAAAACUCGAUUAGACGUUAACGGGAAUCAUAUUGAAAAAGAGAAAGCAAAAGAACUCGGUGAUUCAACGAAGGGCAUUGAAAAAUUUGCACCGAAACAAUUAAGUAACGAUACGACCGCCGAUGGAAACUCAACAGAAAAGGAAUGUGGUAGUUGUUAUGGAGGGGAAGAACCACCCAGUGGAUGUUGUAAUACGUGUGAAGAGGUUCGAGAGGCUUAUAUGAAGAAAGGUUGGUCAUUUGGUACAGCGGAUAAAAUUGAUCAGUGUGUAAAAGAAGGAUGGGUAGAUAAGAUAAAAAAACAAUCAAAAGAAGGGUGUAAUGUUCAUGGAACAUUCAGCGUCAACAAAGUAGCGGGAAAUUUUCAUUUCGCACCAGGGAAAAGCUUUCAACAGAACCACGUACAUAUUCAUGAUUUGCAAGCUUUUCUCGAAGAUUUUUCGAAACAUGAUUUUUCACAUACUAUACAUCAUUUAAGCUAUGGUCCGAUUGUGGAUGGUGUUAUUAAUCCGUUGGAUGGGGUGGUUAGACUUGUUGAAGAGGGAAAUUAUCAAUAUCAAUACUUUCAUAAAGUAGUCGCCACGCAAUUUCAUUACUUGAAUAAAACCAGUGUUUAUACUAAUCAGUAUUCGGUCACUCAAUUCGAACGAAACUUGAGUGAUCAAGACGAAAUGAAAUCUCAUUCAAGCGGGCUACCCGGUGUAUGGUUCUACUAUCAGAUUUCUCCGAUGUUAAUCAUAAAUCGCGAACAACAAAAAAGUUUUACGCAUUUUUUGACGGGUGUGUGUGCUAUUGUCGGUGGGAUAUUUACUGUUGCUGGGAUACUGGACGGGUUUAUAUAUAAUGCAGAGAAAACGUUAAAGAAAAAAAUGGAAUUGGGAAAACACUUGGGACGCACUGUACAACUUGUAAUGGGUCCGGCCGGUUCCGGCAAGUCAACUUAUUGCGCGACUAUGAUGACACAUUGUCAGACUGUUGGGCGAUCUAUACACCUCAUGAACUUGGAUCCGGCUGCUGAGAGGUUCGAGUAUAAGCCUUCUAUCGAUAUUCGCGAUCUAAUUACCUUGGAGGAUGUUAUGGAGGAAUUACAUUUUGGCCCAAAUGGAGGAUUAAUAUACUGUUUAGA